AUGAAUACAUCAUCUGACGUUCUUCCUGGUGCCACAAACCUGCAAUCUUUGCCAACUCAACCUUCGGAUAUGAAUCGUCAUACUUAUAAGGAAGCCAUCCAUGCUUUAAAUACCCUUCAGUCUAACUUUGCAACUAUCGAUGCGGUUAGAAAGUCGGGUAUCAAUAGAAAUUCAAUGCUGAUGCCUGAAAUGAUUGAAUGGGUCAGAAGGAUCGGUUAUAAACCAAGCGAUUUUAACAGGUUAAAGGUCAUCCACGUCACAGGUACUAAAGGGAAAGGUUCAACUUGUGCCUUUGUUCAAAGUAUUUUGAAUCAAUAUAGAGUUCCAAUUAUUCUACCAUCAUCCAACAGUACCGGCAAUACAACUAAUGCCAGUAUAUCUAACACUAUCAAUGAUGAAUCUGACAGCUAUGAAAAGUCUCGAUCUAAAUCAGUCACUUCUGCUGCUGGUGAUUCCACCCACUCAGUGGAUAUUUCCAAAAUUACCAAAAUUGGCUUAUACACUUCCCCACACCUGAAAACUGUUCGUGAGAGAAUUAUGAUUAACGGUAAGGCAAUUAGUGAAGAGUCAUUCACCAAGUAUUUUUUCGAAAUUUGGGAUAGAUUGGACAAUUCAUCUUCAGAUCCAGAAAUUUUCCCUCAUAUGGGUGAAGGCGUUAAACCUGCGUAUUUCCGUUACCUUACUCUUCUCUCAUAUCACACUUUUAUGAGUGAAGGAGUUGACACUGCAGUCUAUGAAGUUGGUGUUGGUGGAGAAUACGAUUCUACUAAUGUCUUUGAAGCUCCUACUGCAUGUGGUAUUUCUGCCUUGGGGAUUGAUCACACAGUUAUGUUAGGUAAUACGAUUGAAGAAAUUGCUUGGAAUAAAAGUGGCAUUUUCAAGAAAGGUGCUGCUUGUUUCUCGGUUCCUCAACCAGAGUCGGCAAUGAAGGUCAUCCAAGCAAGGGCUGUUGAGAAAAAUGUAGGUAGUUUCCAAAUCGUCCAUACAAGAUCCGAUUUAAAUGAAAUUAAAUUGGGCUUAAAUGGUGAAUUUCAAAAACAAAAUGCUUCCCUAGCAAUAAGUCUAUGUCAUGCACAUUUGACCAAACUAGGUUAUAAAAUCGAGAUUGAUACCCUAUCUGAUGAGUUUAUUAGGGGGUUGGAGAAUGCCAAAUGGCCAGGUAGAUGUCAAAUAAUUGAAGACCCCGUACGCAAAUCAGAACUAACUUGGUUUAUCGAUGGUGCACAUACUGAAGACUCUGUGCGGAAUGGUUCUGGUUGGUUCACCACAGUCACGGAAAAGAGCAAGAAGAAAGUUUUGUUAUUUAACCAACAAACACGUGAGCCUGGCGUUUUAUUGAAGACAUUAUUUGAACAGAUGGAAAAUGGUGGUAUAAAGUUUGAUCAUGUCAUCUUCACUACAAACGUUACUUGGUCCACUGGCGCCUAUUCUGAUGAUUUGGUGUCAAUUAAUACUGACGAUAAAGCGGUUGCUUCUUUGGAUGUCCAAACUCAGAUGGCCCAAAUCUACAACAAACUCGACAAGAAGGCCCGUAAGCAUCUAUUCCAUGACAUUGAAACCAGUGUAAAUUUCAUUAGAACUCUCGAAGGUCCUUUGGAUGUUUUUGUCUGUGGUUCUUUGCAUUUGGUUGGAGGCUUCCUAGUUGUUCUUGAUGGUAAACAAAAGAGUUGA